AUGGAUUUCGCAUCCCUAAUGUCGAAGGAGAUCUCGAAGGCCAAGGCCCCCGCCAGCGCCACCCCUGACGGAAAGAAAUACAAGAAACGCGCCGAUGAGGAAGCCGAGCGGCAAGCGGCAUACGCAGCGCACCAAGAUCAACUAGAGAAGGAGCGAUUGGCGCACGAGACGCAGAAGCGGAAGCGCGAGGAGGAGGAGGCGGAGGCGAAAGAGGAGCGUGAGGAGAAGCGAAGGAGGCUGGCGGAGGAGAGCAAGGCAAGGAGGGAGAAGGAAGAGAAGGAGGAGGAAGCGAGGAGGCGGAAGAGAGUGGGGUUGCCUGAGCUGGUGGAGAAGGAGAAGGAGGAGGCGGUGGACGAUGACGAUAUUGUGGAGGAGGAGGUGCUGAAGUUGUUGGAGGAGAUUGGGGAGCCGACGAGCUUGCCGGGGGAGAAUCACAGACAGAAGGUUAGGCGGUAUAGGAGGGUUACGACAGUGAUGACCACUGGGCCGAUACCAACGAGUUUGAAGCUGGUGGACGAGAAGGAUAUGAAGGUUCACAAGAUGCCGCCGCCAGAGGAUGUGGAGGCGACGAAGUGGCUGUAUAGGCAGUUGGCGAGCUACUUUACAAUGGUGCUUAAGGAGUGGGAGGAUGCGCUGUUGAGGGAGGACAAGAGGGAUACGUUUGCUAGCAAGGCGGCGUAUAACGCCAUGGCGCAGAGCAAGAAGAACAUGACGCCGCUGUUCCGGAAGUUUGAGAAAGGUGAUCUCGAUAUAGGCAUCCUCGAGCCAGUCGUUGAGAUUGUCAAAGCGGCACAGGAACGCAGAUACGUGGACGCCAACGACGGGUAUCUCACCCUUAGUAUCGGCAAAGCAGCCUGGCCUAUCGGUGUCACCAUGGUGGGUAUCCACGAGCGGUCAGCGCGCGAGAAGCUGCACGAGAGCGAUAAGGGCCAUGUCAUGGGCGACGAGGUGACACGCAAAUUCCUGCAGAGCAUCAAGCGUUGCCUGAGCUUUGCACAGGUCAGGUGGCCACCGGAGGACGUGAGGCAGCUGAUGGGCUAG